AUGUCAAGUGCUCAACAAAGCUUCUCUCAUGGCCAAACCCAAGGCCAGACUCAGGCUAAGGCAGAAGAAUGGGUUCAAUCCACCAAGGAAUCUGCCUCUGCAGCUGCCCAGCAGGCUAAGGCAUCUGCUGGACACGCUGCAGACCGCGCUCAUUCAGCAGCUAACACAUCAGGAGAGACUGCUGAAAGAAACAAAGAGGAAGCUGCUGGUUUUCUCCAACAGACUGGAGAGCAAGUGAAGAACAUGGCUCAUGGUGCUGUGGAGACCGUGAAGCACACCCUUGGAAUGGACAAGAAGUGA